GUGUGUGUGAGAGGGAGCGAGAUUAGUCUCCUUUUAGCAGCCUCUCUGUGAUGCUGCCUAUUUUAAAGGGACAACACACACUGCAGACUGCUGUACAUGACCAUCUACAGCAGCACGGACUCUUGCUGCUGGACGCCUGUGGACCAGAUAUAACAAAGAUUCAAAGAGAGGGAGGUAGAACGAGAAAGCGAGAGCUAGAAAAAGAUAGAGAGAGCGAGGAAGCUUCAGGGAAAGGAGGACAGAACUCUUUGUCUUAAAAAGUGUGUUUAAGAGGAAUCGCCACUGAAAGUUUAUAUGAGAGGCCAGCUCUCCCCUGGGGAGUGAAGCUUUCAGCCUGGCUGGCUACUUUCUUGCUCUUCCUUCAGAUGUUUCUACUGUGAACUAUUUGGCUGGCUCACAUCUCCAGUCUCUCCACACUGUCUAUAUUGUAGAGUACCCCUGGGACCAUUCACGUGGAUUGACGGUCACUACUCAGCACUGUCCUUGGAUCAGUUUUGCAGAGCUCCUAAAGGAGAAGAAUGACCUGGCUGGCCUGAGCUAGGAUCAGAUUAUUUUGGAGUGCGGAUUUUGCGAGAAGUGGAACAUUGAAGCUUGAAUCGGGUCUUGUUCAGGCUUGAUUGAAUCCGAUAACUCCUAUUUAGUCGGAUAUGUUCUACUUGGGUUUAUACACUAUACUUGUGUCCCAUCGUGCCCCAUGAAGCGAUUUGGGAGCCUGAGGGCGAGCAAGAAGAAGAAGGAGCCAGACAGACGGACAGGGAGGAGGCAGUCCGAGCCCCACGGCCUCUUGGGAAACACCUCUGGGAUCUCCUCGCCCCCCUCAACUCCUCCAACGCAGUCCGUCAAGCAGCCGCCGGCGUUCCUGCUGGAGGCCUAUCGGAGCGAGCCGGAGAGGCCGGAGGCACGGAUGCGCUCCUACUCUUCCCCGCCAGACACCGUGCAACGCUUCAGUCUACCCUUCACCAAACCACCCAUGACUCCCUCCGCCCCCAUCGCUACCUCACAAUCACAACCAGUCGACAGUUUAGUUGAAACCAUGCUGAAGAAACUUGAGCUUGAAGAUGAAGCUGUUGAAGAAUCCGAAAGGGAUAUCUACAUGCGCUUUAUGAAGUCACACAAGUGCUACGACAUUGUUCCUACCAGCUCCAAGCUCGUUGUUUUUGACACUACUCUGCAAGUAAAGAAGGCUUUCUUUGCCUUGGUGGCCAACGGGGUGCGGGCAGCCCCGCUAUGGGAGACGAAGAAGCAGAGCUUUGUCGGAAUGUUAACCAUCACAGACUUCAUCAACAUCCUCCACAGAUACUACAAGUCUCCCAUGGUACAAAUAUAUGAGCUGGAGGAGCAUAAAAUUGAAACGUGGAGAGAGCUCUACCUACAAGAAACCUUUAAGCCGUUAGUGAACAUAUCACCUGAUGCAAGUAUAUUUGACGCAGUAUACUCGCUCAUCAAGAACAAGAUCCACCGGCUGCCCGUUAUCGACCCAGUCAGCGGAAACGCACUUUAUAUCCUCACACACAAGAGAAUCCUCAAGUUCCUCCAGCUCUUUGUGUGUGAGAUGCCAAAGCCUGCCUUUAUGAAGCAGACCCUGGAGGAGCUGACCAUCGGCACCUACCACAACAUCGCCUUCAUCCACCCCGACACACCCAUCAUCAAGGCCCUGAACAUCUUUGUGGUCCGGAGGGUGUCCGCACUGCCAGUGGUGGACGAGUCAGGGAAAGUCGUGGAUAUUUAUUCCAAGUUUGAUGUCAUUAACCUUGCUGCUGAGAAGACCUACAACAACCUGGACAUCACGGUGACCCAGGCUCUGAGGCAUCGCUCGCAGUACUUUGAGGGCGUGAUGAAGUGCAACCGGCUCGAGACACUGGAGACCAUCGUGGACAGAAUAGUCAAAGCAGAGGUCCACAGGCUGGUGGUGGUGGGCGACAACGCCCACAUCGUGGGCAUCGUUUCCCUGUCGGACAUCCUGCAGGCCCUGGUGCUCACCCCUGCAGGCAUCGGCAGGAAGAGCAGCCAAGCACAAUCAAAAGCAGAGGCAGACCACCAGAAACAUUGGUAGAGGCACAGGUAGUCGGGGCUGGAAACUGAAGCUGAGACCGAGAAUGAGGUAGUCGGGGCUGGAAACUGAAGCUGAGACCGAGGAGGAGGUAGUGGGGGUUAAGUCUGAAGUUGAGACUGAGAUGGAGAACGCUGAAGCCGUGGCAAAGACUGAGGCAGUAGUGAAGGUAGACUGAAGCUGGACCAAAAGAUGCUGAGGGAAAGGCGGCGUAUGUGCUGUGUGUGACUGACCUGCCGUGACACGGGACAUUGCUGUGAGAGGAAGUUGACUCGGAAGACUGAUGGAAGUUGAACCCCCAGACUGAUGCAGCAUUGUCUGGGCUGAGAAAAGGGUUGGAUCGGACUGGUGGGAUGGGUGGUACAGUCAAAGUGACCCUCUGGGUAACCAGGGCCCUGAUGGGUAAUUUGCUGUGAUAGGGGAGAUGUGGUCACUGACUGACUGGCUAACCAACCUGGGAUUAUUUUACUAGAGGGUUUGGCGGUGGUGCCUCCUCUUCUCCCCCCUCAAUAUUGUGCAUCAUCACUCCCCUCUACUUUUACCCCCUGGAUGUUCCAGAAAUAACCCCUACCCCCUUGGCCCUCAUUUAGACUUGACAUGAGUGGAAAGGUAUUAGCAACAUGGCUAGUAUUCCAGCUAGCCUAUCAGAAGCCCUCGAGGUGGUUUGAGUUAUUAUAAGCUUGCUUUUAGUUGCAGGUUAUUUUCCAUUUGAAUCAUAAUCGUGUCUGCUCUCCUUCAGGGAAAGAGUAUUGAGUUGUUUUUUUCUUUAUUUGCACAAGGUUUUGUGAAUGGAAACAAGGGAUGUCGGUGGCUCUCUGAAAACUACACCCAUUCCCCCUGCUACUUAUGAUGUCCCUGUGACAGUGGGCGGAGCUUGCUGUCCUGUCUUUAACGUCAUUGGUGCCUUUCGAGAGUUUUUUAAAAGUAUUUUUGAAAGAGAGCGAAAGAGGUGAUGGUAUGACGACUUUGUUGCUCAAUGCAAUUCAAGAAGAAGCAGCAGCUGCCUAUAUACAAUAUAUCCAAUAUGUAUUUACAUUUCUCCAGUUACUUAGAGGCAUGCAAGAUACAUCUUGUACUCUGUAUCGAUCAUACUGGAAAUAUAGAGAAACCUUUUGUACUGAGGAAACUUUAAGUGCCAGAGAAAGGACAGUUAUAUUUUUCUCUUUAGUCAAUAUUGUAAGAUCAUGUUCUUUUUGUAAUAUUUACUGAUCAUUUUCUUGUCAUUCAGAUUUUGAAGUUAUAUUGUUGAUCGUCUCAGAUGAGUGGUUUAUCUAUUGAAAAUGAACAGAUGUGUCAUGAGUGCCACAUAAUACAUGUUUCUGUUAUUUAAGUUUUUCUUUUGCUGUUUAAAAAAAAGUAAAAACAUACUA